CCCCCCCCCCCCCCCCCCAACAAAACAAACGAGUAUCCACAAACAAAUACUGCAGAAUUGGAAUGUGGAUUUUAAACUGGUUUAUUUAACCGGCCCAAUUUAAAUGUCUGAAUUGGUCAGAGGAAAUUAGACAGUGAAAGGAAGCCUUUUUGUUUGCAACGUGCAAGCAGAUAAGUUUGAUUUAAUAGUUGGCGAAUGUGUCCUUGGGCCCCUGUUGUUCAUGGCACAGAACUUUCCACCCACUGCGAGUGGCUUUUUAAAGUCUCUGUUCUCCAUCUUGUCCACGAGCUGCCAUUACGCAGACCGAGAUGGCGAGUAGGGUGGCUUUUCUGUGUGUCCUUACCCCUGUCUCCGCCCCCCCUUUGGCCAUCGCCGUGGCAACAGGCAGCCAUCAGUCUCAGGUACCUCUAGUCAACUUCCAGUGCACCAAACCCUUCUGAGCUGCCAGCCUCAAAGCGGUGUUUCAGUCCCCCACCCACCGAGAGCUUUCAUCCCACAUCUGCAGGACACACACGUUCCAAAGUGGUCCCCCCCACCCCAUGUGCCUGACAGCUGGUGAACCCUCAUCUCCUCCCCCACUGGCCCCUCAGCACGAGCCUGGCUGUCACCUAUGUGCUCACGCCCCCCCCCGUGUGCAUCCGUUUGAGAUCCUCCAGCCUCAGUUGGACGGUUGGUCAAGUCUCAUUUUCUAAAAAUUUUAAACAUUUUGUUACAAAACUUUUUUUUAUCAUGAUGGUGUGGAUAAGGCAGAGGUAAAUGAGUGAGAGAGUAAAGGUUCGUAUCACGUGUAGCGCUCGUGUCGUGCGUGUGAUGACCGCGUGUCUGCGAAGAAAGGGAGAGGAGCCUGUUCGGUCACUUUGAUGGUGAGUGGUGUUUGCGUGUGACAGUGUACUGAGCUCUGGCAGUGAGCCUGUGCAGCCAAGCAAGAUGGAGAAAUCCUAGGAAGAGGAACAUUAACCGGAGGAUUUCAGGACAUUUCUCCCCGAGCCAGCUGUGAUCCGCCGUCGCCCCUUGCCUCUUCUGGAACCUUCCCUGCCGUGUCUAACCCUCUGCACUUUACCGCCGUGCACAUGAAACGUGGCGAAGGGCGGGAGAGCGAGGAGAGUGCCUCCCUGGAAUCCGAAGCGUCGCCCUGGGGGGGGCAGGGCGGGGCUCUGCAUUAGGGAGGGAGGAGGAGGAGGGAAUGCUGGCGGUGAGGAAGACGGUGCAGCUCUUGGGAGUGCAUCCUCAGCCAGAGCUGGUCUGGCGGACUCCAGAGAGUGGGGGGUGUCCUCUUCAUGGUGCUCUCCCCCAUUCAGACCUUCUGAAGCGAUCUGUCGCAAGCCCCUCCCUGCCUUGCUGGACUCCGCCCCCCGCCCCUCAUUAAAACACGGGCUGUUCUGUCCUUUAUAUCGGUUUCCCAUUUAUUAACUUUUUUUUUUUUUGGUUCUAUUGUAUGACUCUCCCUUUAUCUUUGUUAUAUAGAAAUGCACUUUCUACUAAAAUCAUUGCUAGUUCAAAGAAAAGAAAAAAAAACAAUACUGAGUUCUAUUCUUUAAAGAUGUUUUAAAAAGCAAUCUACUUUUUAUGUAUUUUUAACCACUUAAUGUAGCAUUGUGUAUUUUAUUCUGGUGAGUGUCUGGUACCUGUCGUGCAGCUUUGCGGCUGUUCCGUGCUCAGAGCAGCAGGCGUGCUGGGCCUUUUUGAUAAUGUGCAUUUAACAGACUUUAUGCUAACUUUCAGAGUAAAACAAGUAGCCAUAAUUAUGACCCCUACUGUGUUCCGCCUCUUUUUCCCCUCUCCCUCUCAUUAUGGCCGUUUGACGCGUCCCCCCGCUGAUCCCAAGGCUGCCAGAGGCCGUCUCUUGGCCGUGUCACGGCACGGUUACUAAAGUUGAUCGGAGCGUUGAAUGUACGUUAGCCCAUUAGCCUGCGUGAUCCUGUCAUAGUCAGGACUGAUGUUUGGGUGAAGUGGUUACUUUAAUUUUCGGGGACCUAUAACAUAAUUAUUUUAAUUUUUUUUUACAACACUGGUUGAAUUGUGAGAAAGUUAGUGCUCCCAUUCCGACAUGCAGUACUGAGAACAUUAAACUGGUUUACUGCGAGAUCGCACUCUCCUCUUUCCUGUUUUCGACUGCAGCCGCGCUGCAUGUACCGUGUGCUCUCUGUUAUCGUGGCACCUCACACGCCACGGCAUAGCUUUCGAGAAGGCGUCUGGCACAGAGCCGCGGGCCGUUGCGUCAUGUCAGACGAAGAUAAGGUCAGCGAAGUCGAAGGCUUGGGGGGCGACGUCGUCGCUGGGGUUGCUGCCUGGGGGGGCAGCGUUUGCACCCAGGACCUGCUCUGCCAUGGGGAGGCGCCUGGCCUUUUGUCUUGGAAGGACUCGCUCAAAUGUCUGGUGCAGAUUAAAGUCUUAUACUAAGGUCUUCCUGUGGGACUGGAUCUCAGCAGGAAGCUGUUUCUCUAACUGGGUCAGGAGCCGUCGGCACAGUGGCAGCGCCGAGUGAGUUGGGUACCGCCCGAGCCAUACCGAGACGAAUGAUUGGCCCAGGCGAAUGUCAGCACCCGCUCUCUCUGGGGACUGAGCCCCCGCGGUGGGGCAGACAUCUGCACGGGUCGCUCACAGCAAGCAGGAAGCUCUGGAAGGUGUAAAGAGUAACUCUAACAUGCAGACGAUUUCUCAGCGUUACAGGAAAUAUGCAAUCGAGAAUUUGACAUGAGAAAACCUGCUGUGGGCAGAGCCUGUCCAUAAGUGGGUUUCUAUGGUAACGGUGUUUACACCUCGUGGGGAGAAUGACAGCGACUCCUGUUUGUUAGCAGUGUACGUGGAGGAGGGGUUGUGGUGAGAUAAGGGCAGUAAGUGGGCCACCCACCCAGCCUGUAGCCCCACUGCUGCUGCUGUUAGGCUUCCUGCAAAAUUUCUAUAGACUUUAAUGCGGCGUGUUAUAAAAAUAUCCCCCCCCCCCCCACCCAUGUUACUGCAAGUACAGGUUGAGUGCAGCAAGACUGAGUCACCACUGUCUGCGUGUGUUGGGGGGGGGGGGGUCAGUCUGAUAACAUUGAGUGGGUGAAGUGUAGAUGAUCUGUCUGCCUCUGCUGUUCCUAGCUGAGGGUAGCCUGUUGGGGUCUUGCUUUUCCAGUACCAGGGGGAAGCAGGGAACCCCCCCAUACAUACAUACACACACACACAGCAGGCUGAGGAACAAAGUGCACAUGGCCCCAAUGCCACAGCUCAAGAGGAGCAAAAUGCCUGGUAAGUACAGCCUCCCAGCCGAGGAUGUGCCAAGGGAAAGGAAUUACUAUACAAAGUGUUAUUAGAGGUGAUGUGUGAAGCUGAGAAGGGGAGGUUUUGGGCCCCUGAACGUCAGGGAGCAGCAUGUUGUCUGCUGGUGGGCUGAUGCGGUGCCUUGAUGGGCAUGGAGGGCGUCCUGAGGCCCCGGGACACGAGGACGGCGUGGAUACAAGGACAUACGUAACUUACAUGGUCGGGGAACAUGAUGCCAACGCAGCGCAAAUUCUAACCCAUGGGGACGUACCAUCCACCUUAGGGAAACUCAGUAAUUCUAGGUACAGUCCUGCAUAUGCAAACGCUAUUGGGGGGGGUUGCAACCCCCCUCCAGUACUCAAAAACAACCCCCGGACGACUCAGACUGGGUGGAGACCUCAGCCCUCAAAAUGCUCAACCCAGAGUUACUGUUUUGGAUGUAUACAGUUGGAUUCUAGGGAAAAUGUGGUUCCCGUGGUUUUACGUGCCCUAAAUUACCAAGACAAAAUGUACCUAAACCUUCAAAUUAACCAAACAGGGAUAAAAUGAAACAUACGGUGGAGUUUUAUACCGCAUUAUAUGUAGUUUAAAGGGGUUUCGUCAUAGCAAAAUGAGCAAUACAUGUGAACAAAAGAGACCGCUUUCUCAAUCGAUAAAUGGGAAGCGGAACGGCAGUGACAGAGACACUUCUUGGAGAGGUGCACCCCCCCGUCCUUUAAAAAGAGCCUCGUAGGCGGCUCAUCAUUGGCCGGCGUCCCGGGUCGUCUCUCUCUCUCUCUCUCGCUCUCUCUCCCCCGACCCCCAGCCCAUAAAACGCGCCGGGAGCGCUGCGCUUUCCCCGGAGAGCCGGAAUGCCCCCGGAGCUGAGCGGAGCGGACGCACGCAGGACCGAAUGCGGGACGCGAGGAAACUGCGCCGCAUCAUGACACUUUGACCGGCGUUUUUGCGCACUAACGGAGAUACAGCGCGCGAUGCGCGUUGCCCCGCCGGACCGGAUCGCAGCCAAGUGCCGACGCCUCCAGCGUCUCUCCCGCCGGCAUUUCACUUUCCAGCGAUUGUCCAGAGGACUGCAGAUACACUAAAUUAAAGUACUAUUUGUGAGCUAAGUUUUCCCAGAAUCCCCGGCUCAGUACCCCCCCUCCACAGAGUGUCCACAGAGGGGGCCAAUAAACACAAGGGAAAGGAGAGCCAAUCACAGCGUCACUCGGUGUAGUAAGAACAGAGGCGGCCAAUCAUGCGGGACUCUGUAUUCAACUGCUGCUUUCUCCCACCCCCUCCCCCAGGCGAGGUGGAAAUCUUGAACCGGCGGCCUGGCAAAAUGGCCGCUCCCGCAGACAAGCGCUUCUUGAUAUUUUUUGACUUUGACGAGACCAUCGUGGAUGAGUGCAGUGAUGAUGUGGUGGUCCAGGCUGCCCCCGGCCAGCGGCUCCCUGGCUGGCUGAAGGAUACGUACCAACCCGGGCACUACAACGAGUACAUGCAGCGGGUGCUAGCCUACAUGGCGGAGCAGGGUGUGACGGAGCAGGCCGUCCGAUCCGUCAUCGAAAAGAUCCCCGCCUCGCCCGGCAUCCUAACCCUUUUCCAGUACCUGCGCACCCGCACCCAAGACUUCGAGAUCGUGCUGGUGUCCGACGCCAACAUGUUCUUCAUCGAGACCUGGCUCUGCCGUGCGGGUGCCCGCCAGCUCUUCCUCAAGAUCUUCACCAAUCCCGCAUCCUUCAAUGAAGAUGGCCGCCUUCUCCUGGGACCCUACCACGCCCACAACUGUCCCCGCUGCCCGGAGAACAUGUGUAAGCAGGUCGUCGUGCGAGACUACCUGGCCAGGCGGAUCCGGGAGCGAGGACGCCCCUACCAACACGUCUUCUACGUCGGAGACGGCGCCAACGACUUCUGCCCCUCGCUGAUCCUGGGUCCCCGCGACACAGCCUUUGCUCGCCGUGAUUACCCCAUGCACAAGCUCAUCAUGGAGGUGCAGGCCGACUUCAAGGCUACCGUAGUCCCUUGGGCCAGCGGGGAGGAUGUGGUGGCACGUCUGAGAAGGCUGGUGGAGGAGAAAUAAAGCUUGAGGGCUGAGCGGAUGGUGCGCAGUCACUGAAGGGCACAGACACACUUUCCCAGACAGACACAACCUCCCUGACUCACAGAAUACAUUACGUAUUCGUGCCAGAGUGGCAGACAGCUAUUCCUGUAAUGAGAUUCCACUCGCAGAAAAAAAGAGUAAAAAUGUACCCUUGUAUUUGUACCUUAUAAGGUACAGAAGUGGACUCUGAGGAACAUCCCAAAGGUUUGAACAGCAUUAAUGUACCAUCAGUUGCACAGAAAUGUUCCUCAGAGUCCAUUUCUUUACUUUAAAAGGCAAUUUCCUACAGCUAAGGUACAAUUGGCAGACCUUUGAGGGUACAGCCCCAGUGACAAGCAAAGGUACAGAGUUUUACCCUUUUUCUGAGACUGUAGCAAAAAUAAGCACAAGUAUAUAACUCAGGCGACCAGCUAAAUCUGCAAUAGAACAGCACUGAUAAACCCCCACCUCCAAAAAAAAUGGUUCCCUGAAAUUAUCAGUGUCUAAAUGAAAACUCGCAGAGUCGGAACCCAAUAUAAUCUAGGACCAAGUUUCUGUUGAAUAAAAACAAAUUUUGUCCCACACAUCUAGGCUUCUUUACAUAGUCAGUGUCAUAAAGCCAGCAAACUGAUUAAAAUAAUAUUUUAUCCUGUCCUCAGUUUCAAAGACUGAUAUCAUGUCAUAUAAGCAUGAGUACUGUUGGUAACCACGUUCAACCUCAUACGUCUGAUACUGCGAUAUCAGACAACAGCAUUAGUGGUGUACUGCUUAGGUUAGGAAUGACUAUUAAUCGGAAUUGGAAUGAUUAAGAAUAGAAAUUGAAAUCUAACCAGCUAACUACCCUAACUUUGUAGUUUUUUUUGUAAUUGUGUAAUGUAAUUUAAUAAUAGCAAAACAAGUAUAACUUCGUGAUUUCUAGAUGUCUUGAAUCUAUGAAUCUCUAUUAGUUGUAUUAUUAUUAUUACUACUUUGUUGUAUCAGGAGUAAUUAUUUCACAUUUUUAUUUGUUAUUUUACUGAUUGUUGACCAAAUUGUCUUUUCUUCUAUUAGCGCCACCUGCUGCCUUACAUUAGAUCGCGGGUCUCCUGUCGAUCAUGUCAGGUUUAUAAUAUUAUUAAAGAAACUCGAUCUCUUUUCUCAAGAUCAAAUACUGAGAUACAACAAGCAGAACGUUUUCUGUGUUCUGUUACUAUUAUUUUAUGCAUUUUAUUAACUGGAUUACCACGAAUUUCUUCAGGUGCUGUUUCUUGCUCUGUGUCAGUGAUUAUUUUAUUAUUAUUAUUAUUAUUAUUAUUUUUAAUUCAGCGUGUUUAAUUCGUGUUUUUAAAUUUACAUGAAUAAAAUAUAUAUGUGCAUUCUAUUAUGACCAAAAGGAAUACAAAGCCAUCAACAAAAACGAAGGUUUCCUCUUUUACUGGUGGUUUUACGUACUUAUUUGACAUUUGCAUCUCCUGUUUAAUUAAAGUUUUAAAAUGGA